AUGAGACCCGUCCCACAGGCUAAUAGAGUUACUGUAUCGGAGUGGAGCUUUUAUCCAAACAUUGGACAGCCCAAGACCUAUCACACUGGAAAGAGAUGUUUUAUGGAUGGCAUUAUUCAUAAAAGAAGCACGGGAUGCAUUUCAGAAAAUUCCCUGGAAUCAUUCAUAGGGAGGAAAAAGCAGGCCACAGACAAAUGCAGCAUCUACCCUUCAACAAAGGUCAGACCAUUUCUAGUCCCUGAGUACAGCUCUGACUUUCAUAAAUAUGAAUCAUCACUGCGCACAGCCACUUUUGGGUCCAAGCCUUUUGCCACAUUUAAACCAUUUACUGACCUAAAACCCAGCACAAAACACAUCAGUCCACCGUAUGCAGAGAAACAUGAAAGUCUUGCUCGAGAGGAGGACAUUCUUGAAGUCAAGAGGUUGAGCAGCUGGAGACCAGCACCAGACAUCUAUGACAGGACAGUUUUGCUGGACACCUAAUUUGGAAGGUGUCAAACCAUGCUUACAUAUUUAUUGUUGUUAUUCUUUGCUAUUUUAUUAGACAUAUUUUUGUCUUUUCUUUCCUUCAACACUAUACCUCAUGGUUUUCCAUUGAUUAUAUCUUACAAUAUUUAGAUCUUUAUGGUCUAGCCCAAGAACUUCAUAUUGGAAAGGGUUGAAUCAGGUUAAAUUUGUUUUGGGCUUUAGACAGAGAGAACAAUUACUUCUUUUCUUUUUUUUUUGCCUUAUUAGUUGGAGAUUUUCCUUAAUUCCCUGACAAAGACAAAUGCAUGUCUUUUCACUGUGCCAAAAUGUAAUUGCUGGACAGAAUAGGAAACAGUUAAAAUGAUUGUGUGGGCAAGAUGUUUAUAAUUGUUAAUAAAAGAGGAACAGAAUCUCUUUCACUCUUCUCGUUUCAUCACAAUCUGAAUUCACAGUAUUGUAUCAUUCAUACCCAGUAAAAUAUAAUUAGCAAGUUGUAUUAUAGUCAGUUCGUUCUUGCACUGAACCAUGCAAUCUAAUAGCAAAAUAACUGUUCACAAACUGUUAUUUCAUAAAAUGAGGAUCAAGCUUAACUUGCUUGAAAGCAUUUUAAAUAAUAUUUUAUAUUGGGCUUAUUUGCUUUUGCAAGAAUUUCUGUGGUGGACCAUCUGUUGUGUUUUUAUUUAGGGUCGUUUGCUGAAUAUUCAUUGUCCAUAUGAUUCAUUCAAAGGGCAGAUGAAUAAAACAUUAAUAUGAGCUUAUCAACACUGUACAGACUG